ACUUGCUGGUGGUAGAUACUAUAACCAUGAUGUUGUUGCCGCCGGUAUCCUAGGAACUGGCACAAAUGCAGCUUAUGUGGAACGUGCACAUGCGAUUCCAAAAUGGCAGGGGCUUACUUCCCAAAUCAGGAGAACUGGACACCGAACAUGUCUGCUAUGUACAGCGACACUUCUCCGGAUUUGAAGGUUGUUGGAAGCAAGUUAAAGGACAUAUUAGAGGCCCCUACGACUUCACUGAAGAUGAGAAAAGUUGUGAUCAGUCUCUGUAAUAUCAUCGCCACCCGAGGAGCUCGUCUAUCUGCUGCAGGGAUCUACGGAAUCCUCAAGAAAAUAGGAAGAGACGCAUCAAAAGAUGGAGAAACACAGGAGUCUGUGAUAGCCAUGGACGGUGGGCUGUUCGAGCACUACACUCAGUUCAGCGAGUGUAUGGAGAGCUCAUUGAAAGAGCUGCUUGGAGAAGAAGCAUCAGAGAGCGUGGAGGUGAUUCAUUCGAAUGACGGGUCUGGCGUUGGAGCCGCACUACUCGCUGCCUCGCUCUCUCAGUACCUCGAGGACUCUUAAACAAGUUGAAUUGACAAGUUGAACUAUAUAUUUUGACAGUUCAUUCUAUAAAUGAUCAUAUACAAUUUUUAUCCAGAUUACAAAUGAAGAUCUUACUGUUUGUUGUUCAAAAAAAAAAAGAUCUUACUGUUGUUGUUGUGGAUGCAUUUUUGGCUUAGUUAUCAGUAUAGCUAUCUCUUGUCAACAGGUCUUUUGCUCAAUAAGAAGGUAUUGGGUUACAUACGGGUAUCGCUCAUUUUGAUACUCAUCACAUAUCAGAACGGUUGGUGGUUCGGUUUCUUCAAAUUGAUGUUUGUUUUGAAUGAGGUUUCACCCGGUAGCACGUCAAUUCUUGUCCUAGGGAAUGAAGGAACUGGUUUAACAACGCCAUUAGUAGAGAGAUCAUGGACUGAAUUAGUUCGGAUUAGCGGUAAUAUGCCUAACAAUGUAGUAGUUACAGAGUCUAAAGAUGGGGAAGUUGAAGGAUUCAGAACUUUUCUAGCUGUGGAGAGCUUGGACGUGAGCGUUGCAGCUAGUUUGUUUCUUCGUCACUUGAUAGGAAACAAAGCAAAGUGUUUGAUUCUGUGGUGUGAGUUUUUCUAAACGGUUUCAUGUUUGCAUCAAACUCAGGAUCUGCUAUGUACUUUACUUAAUACCACUCUAAGGUUAUCAUAA